AUGUAUAUAGCGCUGCCCGUGCAAGGACUCGAUGAAUUAGAGCGUUAUGGAAUUGGGAUUGUUGAGCUGGACUGUGAUCAGAAUUUGUUACGCGAAGAGUUGAUGGCAAGUGUGGGUCAUCCGACUCAAGUGCAGCAUCAGAGCAGACAAGGCCUAUAUAAACCGCUAUGCCACCGCUGUCCUGUCCGAUCGUUCUUUGCCUCCCUUGUCGCCAACGUCCCUAUCAACCCAUUAGCCGUCGGCGAGCUAUAUAGGGUUACAUCGGUUGAGGCUCCAACGAAGAACAUCGAACGAAAUCCCCCCGUCCAGGACAAUAACGACAGCGACGACGAAAACGGCGACGAGCGAGACAUUCAAGUUCACGGAUAUUGAUAACCACUAAGCCAGGAACAAACGGUACGUCGCGGUUCGUCGGCCAUCUUCUUGUCUGCGGCCUUGCCGGUGCCUGUCAUGCACGUCGCCCAAGCUUCCUUCCGCCUUGUGUCAUUGAAAUGCAAACUCGGAAGCACAGAGCACUGUUCUUGCGCCUUGCCAGGCAUCCGAGGGCGACAGCCUUGUUCAGCGGUGUCCGGCGCUAUCAUGGUCGCACCGCUCUUCUUUCCUCCCCAGUGAUUGUGAGACGUGCAUAGACUCACAAGACUCCUUCUCCACCCGCUCUAUGGCCCGCAGAUUUAUACUCCGGUCUCUUGCUUUCAGCUU